AUGACUAAGAUCAUCCCAUGGGCCAGGGCCCCAGUCAGAAAGGAAUUGCCUUUGAAAUGCACAGCUGCGAAAGCGAUGCAUAAAACACCUCCUUUGGCCAUCAGUUCUGAAGUGAAAGAGAAAGAUAUGAGUGGAUAUAAGGCCCCCUGGGACGAAGAGACCUGCAAGACAUCCAUGAAAGUCAAUGGCCUGUACGAAGCGUCCGGCCUAGCUCUUUGGCUACGCACAAGUGCAUUUCGCGUUGCCAACACACCUGAUUGGGAGACUGCCCCAGGAGAUGUUGGGAUGGAGACUUUAGGGAAGUUUGUGGACACCUUCUUCAGCAAAGACUCGGUGAUGAAAGCCUCGGUCCAGCGCGGUGCCAAGAGGUCCAGAACCGGGAAGGACCGGAUGCUGUGGCCCAUUGAAAUGAUUGUGGUCACCGACACUUCCAGCCACGUGGAAAAGGAUGGUGGAUUCGAUGCUAGUUUGAAUUUGGUCGGCUGCCACUUCGUGCUUUGGGCCUGGUACUACGCGCUGUUCCAAGCUCUGCAGAAAGCCGACAAAGAGUGGAUCGAAUUGCUGUGGGAGUGCGGGAGCACGGUUACAAUCCAAGUUCGGCUAUGCACGAGCGAGAAAGACGUUCCAAUCGCUAGAAUCCAGGCAAGUGAAAAGUUGAAAGCGAUCGGCGAUUCAUCUUUAUCAGAUACUUUCGUCACAUUUUGCUUGCUGUGCCAGAAGCUUGGAGUUGAACAGCUUUCCCACGGGAUUUCGUUGAAGCUGAAGUUCAAUGGCUCCGCCUACAAUAGCUCCAUGCACAAAGCUUGCAUAAAUGUUCUGAGUCUCAUGGAGCCCAACGGGCAAGGAGCAUUCCAUGAGGCAAUGCAACGGUUGGAGCUGGUGUGGGGCAGAGAUGUGCUGAGCAAUGCUUACAGCAAGUUGGUUCGUCUUACAAGCAUCGCCAAAGGUGCGGCCCAAGGAGAUCGCACUCCUCUGCAGAUUGCUGCCUGGCUUGUGGACAUGCUUCACCUUUCACUGCUAUGCAGGCAGACUACCGUGACAAAAGCUACCGAGGUGUUUCUGGACAAGGUGUUUGACCUGGCGAAAUCCUUGGUGAAGACAUUGCCUGAGAUGGAAUCGCAGUCAUGCCUAGCAUUGAUUCAGGACACAAUCUUCAACCCCAUGAAGUGCUGGGAAGAUUUCUUGAAGCCGACUGAGGAAGUCCCUGCCAAGGGUGCUGAGGAUGAGGAUGGAGAAGCGGCUGAGCACGGCGACUCGGCUGCUUCGGAGACUGCUUUGGCCACUCUAAAGGCAAAAUACAACCGUGCUACAGGUUGUUUGCUGGACCUCCUUGUGGCAUUGAUGAGUGGCCAGUAUGGAGAUGAUUUGCGCGAGAUUAGCCAAUGCGGAGAACCCGUAGCCAAGAUGCUGCAGCCGACAGCAAGAGAUGCUGGGGAAGAAGCUUCCGAAGGGGCUUCCAUCGCUUUGGUAGUGCAGCUUUGCGAAGUGGUGAAGGCAUUUGAUUCGAGCAGCAAGAGCGUUUCUGUGAAAUCCACAGCACCAGCUCCGUCUUUGAUGAGUACUUUGAACCAGACCCAGCCCGUGGAGGAGUUGACGGCAGAGCGUGAGCGAGUAUGGAAGCUGGUCCAAGGAGAACGCAGAAAAUUUGCAACCUUCAGUGUGCCAAAGAGUUUCAAACAAGAGAGCUUGUUGGGCAGUUUCCGAGCAUGCGGAAAAGCUUAUGGCCACAGUGGGACUCUCAACUCCAGCCAUAGAUUGAUCUGUGCUUCAGCCGACCUUCUUUGCGAGACCGGUGAUGAACCAUGGAUGGCACAGAGCAAGCCAGAUGCUGUAAUGUGGAAGGGGAUUGCCGACUUCUGCGCUAGCACCACAGGGCCUACAGACUUUGCCAUGGUUUUUGACGGGCGAAUGAGGGAAGAAGAGAGCUUGCUGUCGCAGUCGCAAUCAGAAGAAAUGUGCUUGCUUUACUCCGGCGGCUGCGUUGCGCGCGCUGGUCGGAUGCGAAGAAUCCCUUUGGCUGCUCGCAAGCUCGAGACAGCCGCAGUCCACUUUCCUACGCAGAGGGCGCGGGUGAAAACAUCCAAGCGUGAAAACUUUACGUCCUGUGGUGAAGCCACUACUUUUCAGGGGAGCUAUAGUGGAGUCCAGUUUCGCUCCUCUUAUGAACUUCCCCUGAUGGCACUGGAUGAAAAAGCUCGGGUUCUCGGCUGUGCGGCUUCUCCGGCUCCGCCUGAUGAUUGGCAAGACCGUUUUGGCAACUCCGUGCCGCUCUUUUGGCAAGAAUCCAAACCCAUCAGCUUCUACAAUGCCAUCCUCGAUGAGUACAAGAUUGCCACAGUCUUUGACGUGACCGCUGGCACAGGUGCAAUGAUGGAAGCCAGCUUAACCAGGGGAGUCAUCUACCAUGGCCUUUGCCUGAACAAGGAGCACCAACAAUGGCUGCAAGCCAUUGCGGACAGGGCCGCUUGCGGUCUCAUUACCUUGGAAGGGUCGACACUUUUCUCUGAGGCAUUGGCGGCAGAUGUGAAGAAGUUUUUCCCUGACAUCUUGGAGGGCUUGGCGCCAAAGACUGAUCUUGAAGAAGCCCCGCUGGAACCAGACAGCCCCGGUGAGUGA